GUGGGGAAUUGUUGUCACCUGACUGAUAGGCGCUCAGGUGUGAAACUCUAGUCGAACCGAUACCUGCUGAACUAUAACCCUGUCCCUGCAGCAUGGCCGACCCUUUGUCCCCGCUACCGGAGCAGUUCAGAUCUCUGCAGCAUCACUUGAGGACUGCCCAGGAGCAUGAGAAGAGGGAGCCAGUGGUGACAUAUUACUGUCGUUUGUAUGUCAUGCAAACCGGCAUGAAGAUCGACAGCAAAUCUCCAGAGUGUCGCAAAUUCCUCUGUAAACUUAUGGAUCAGUUGGAAACUUUGAAGAAGCAGCUGGGAGAUUGUGAGUCUAUAACUCAGGAAAUUGUUGGCAGUGCUCAUGUGGAGAACUAUGCGCUGAAAAUGUUCCUGUAUGCAGAUAAUGAGGACAGAGCAGGGAGGUUUCAUAAAAAUAUGGUGAAAUCUUUCUAUUCAGCUAGUCUUCUUCUUGACACACUUGCAGUAUUUGGAGAGCUUACUGAAGAGAAUGUUCAUCAUAGAAAAUAUGCAAGAUGGAAGGCAACCUACAUCCACAACUGUCUUAAAAACGGGGUAACGCCUCAAGCAGGACCUAUGGGAAUGGAAGGAGAAGAGUAUGAUGAAGCAAAUACAGAGGAAGGCUCGUCAUCUUUUAGCAAUCAAGAACCAUCCCCAUCAUACCAACCCCCAAACAUGCCAACAACAAAUUACACUGGAAUACAGAUCCCUCCUGGUGCACAUGCUCCUGCCAACACUCCUGCAGAAGUUCCACAUAACACAGGUGUAGCAAGUAAUGCUAUUACUCAUCCAUCUCCACAAAAUAUACCUGCAAUAGAUCCAUCUCUUUAUAAUGCAAAAACACAGGGUGAUGUUCGCUUGACCCCUGAGGAUUUUGCUAGGGCCCAGAAACUCUGCAAGUAUGCAGGUAGUGCUUUACAGUAUGAGGAUGUGAAUACUGCUGUGCAGAAUCUCCAGAAGGCCUUAAAGCUGCUCACAAUAGGCAGAGAAUGAGGAAUGCAUAAAUAAAGACACCUACUGCUUCCUAAGAUCCCUGUCCAAGUUUAUGGAAAUCCUUUUUACCCACUUAGUCUAUCAAUCCUACAUUAGUGUUACCAUACAUACUGUUUAGUUGCUGAAAGAAAAAAUUGGAACAGAAAAUAUGUUUACAUGUGGGAAAUAAAUCCAUUUUUCUCUA